AUGAGGCCGACGACGAUACUCGCUCGCCUCGCCUUCAUGGGCCAUGGCGGAGCCAAGAACGACGCGCUGGAACUACCGGCCGCGGCCGUCGGAGCCGUCCCUCACCGUGGUCGCCGACACGGCGACCAUCUCGAUGGAGGACGCGCAGCCGGCGACGGCGCAGGGCGUCAUUGGCGGCGACAGCACGCUGCGCCGCAAGAGGUAUACAAGGCGGGCGGCAGCAAGGACAAUGUGGAGAAGGGCGAGGUCGUCGCCAAGAGCGGCCUGCCGGUGGCGCGCGGCGAGAUGACGCGCGAGGACAAGCAGCGCCGGCGCAGGCGGGAGAAGGAGAGGAUCCGCAAGGCGGGCGGCGCGGACGCGGUGCGGGCCGACGGCAAGAAACCCGUCAGCCGGCGGGCGCAGAUGCAGAAGGAGACCAUGGCAGACCUGAAGAAGGGCGGCGUCAAGGUCAUCAACCGCAAGGGCGAGGUUGUCGACAUGGCUGGCAACAAGGCCAAGGCAGAGGCCAAGCUGUCGAGCAACAACUUCAAGCUGUAG